CUUCACAAAUCUCAAAACAAAACCCAAAGGAAUAUAAUCUUGUUACAAACAAUUCGUUUAAAGUAAAAGAUGUCACUGUCUGAAUAUCAUCAGAUCAGCAAAUUGAAGCACUUUUUCGCCACCGUCCGCGCGAAUGGCGGGUUUAAAAACACUCUGUAUAAGUUGUGGAGAUUUGAUACUUUUAAGCACGGCUGCCUGAUGGGCUGGGACGUAAACGGCAACAAAUACUACGAGAACCAGCGGUACAUGAUCGGCCGCAGCCGCUGGGUGGAGUACGCGGAACACUACAAAUGGGAGUAUGACGGCUCUCAGGUGACCCCAGAAUGGUUUGGGUGGCUCCACUACAUGACGGACCAGGUGCCGUGCUGCAACCUCAUCAAGUGCUGUAUGCGGCAAUCGGACUGCCACAACCGGUGGCUCCUGCCUCCCGAGGAGAACAUGACGGGCACCACACGCCAGUACUACCCGUACUCCACCACCAGGCAGGCCGUCGCGGUGUGGGACGGUUCGUCUCUAUGCGAGUUGCCCUGUCCCCCCGUUUGCUGCGAUAGUAAACACUCGUAAAUCUCGUAAUCACUU